ACGGCGGCGUCCCCGGAAGCGGCGGCAGGAGGAGGAGUAGCAGCAGCAGGAGGAGGAAGAAGAGGAGGAGGAGGCGGGUGUCUGGGCAGCGGCUUCCCCCGGCCCGUAGCCCCCCGUCAGGGCAGGAGGAUGGUGCAGAGCCCGCCCCGCCGCCGCCGCUGAGCUCCGGGCCUCCGCCCGCCCGGCCCGGGGGCCGCUUCUUCCUCACCCCGACCCCUCCGGGCACCGACCAUCCCAGGUUUUGCAGGGAUCUAAAAGCGCGCCACCUCUGCAGCUCUUGUCCCGCGUUUCCCGAUGAGCACCAUCAGCCAGAACUGCCCGUGUUGUCCCGACGCGUACACCUCAGCACCAGGCAGCUACGUUGGAGCUGGCGGCCGCUGUUCCGAGCUGGCAUUUCUCCUUCCUCCUCUUGUGCUCCAGCCACUUGUUAGCUGGAGCGUUCGGGGGUUUUUAACUAGGCUCGUUUAAGAAAUUUGCUGCAAGUGACCAGACAGGAGGCAGGGCACGCAGAACGAACCCAGCAUGGUCCUGACAGGCACCGGCUCUCCCUUCCCCUCUCUCUCCUGCCCUCUCCUGCCACCGUCGCAGGCUUGUUUGGCCAUACUACGGCUGCUCUUGGGCGGACAGAAGUUCUGGUGAACGAUCAGAAUAAUGUUCAACAUAAACCUGUUGGAGAACCUGAAGGUUUACGUCAGCAGCCGACCUCCGCUUGUGGUCUUUAUGAUCAGCGUAAGCGCUAUGGCAAUAGCUUUUUUGACACUGGGCUAUUUCUUUAAAAUCAAGGAGAUCAAGUCACCAGAGAUGACAGAGGACUGGAAUACUUUCCUCCUGAGGUUUAAUGAUUUGGACUUCUGUAUAUCUGAGAAUGAAACCCUAAAGCAUCUCAUCAACGAUACCACAACUCCAGAAAGUACCGUGACCAGCGGCCAGGCAAGAUCUUCUACACAGUCUCCACAGACUCUUGAGGACUCUGGUCCUAUAAACAUCUCUGUUACAAUCACUUUGACGCUGGACCCACUCAGACCAUUUGGCGGAUAUUCCCGCAACGUCACACAUCUAAGUUCCACAAUUUUUGGACACCAAAUCGGACUCUCAGGCAGAGAAUCCCACGAGGAGAUAAACAUUACGUUCACCCUGCCGACUGCCUGGAAUUCAGAUGACUGCGUUCUUCAUGGUCACUGCGAGCAGGUUGUGUUCACAACCUGCAUGACUGUGACAGCAGCCAGCAACGUGUUUCCUGUCACAGUUCAGCCACCACAUUGCGUUCCUGAAACGUACAGCAACGCUACACUUUGGUACAAGAUCUUUACCACAGCAAGGGACUCUAAUACAAAAUAUGCACAAGAUUAUAACCCUUUCUGGUGUUACAAAGGAGCAAUUGGAAAAGUGUACCACGCUUUAAAUCCCAAACUAACUGUUAUAGUUCCAGAUGAUGAUCGCUCUCUAAUAAACCUGCAUCUCAUGCAUACCAGUUACUUUCUUUUUGUGAUGGUGAUUACAAUGUUCUGCUAUGCAGUUAUAAAAGGCAGACCAAGCAAACUGAGGCAAAGCAAUACAGAAUUCUGCUCUGAAAAGGUUGUUUUGUCAGAAGCAUAAUCCAUCCUCUUCUUUUACUGAGAAUGACUGAGAACCGUAAUCAUUGCCUGCUGAACCCAGAAUGGGUCUUAACACUCUGUGAAUACAUUAUCUUGCAAUGUUGGUUUAUUCCAACCAAAGACAUUUCAAGUGCCUGUAAUUGAUUUGUACAUAUUUAUAAAAGUAUAUUCAGAAUAGGUCAGAUGAUGCACUUGUUCCGCAUUGUAGUGCGGCCAGAAACUUUCAGUCUUUACCUGUGGACAUAGCCGAAUGUUUGUGUAGAUAUGUUUAGUGAUAUGGCUACAUAUAGUCAGAGCAAGAUAUUUUUGUCUAGCUGCAUCUGGGCAGGUUAAGAUGCCUUUGCAAAUGUCUCAAACAAAACAACAAAUCUUUGUUUUUUUGCCCAAUGAUAUGUACAGUGUGUUUGAAACAGUAUGCACCUUUGAUAUAAUACUGCAUUUCCAGAGCCACCAAUCUACUACAUGAAUUAAAUGUGUAUUUGUGUGGCCUGA